GGACACUUGAGCGGAAACUCUCUCUCUAGUAUGGGUUUGCUGCUGAACAAAAAAGCCCGCAAGUCAUCUCUCAGCCAAUCUGAGCUUUUCUUGUGAAUGGGUGGUCCUCAACUAGGUGAAGUUGAGUUUUGAAGGCCUCAUUUUCAUCAUCCAAUGUCUCUCAUGUUCUGCUGAGGCAGGCACAUCGCACUUGAUUUCUCGAGAUUGUCACGAAUUUUCAUGUUCCUGUCGCAUUCUCUAGGUCAAGGCUUCUCCAGUUCAGAGUGGGGUCGCUGCCAUGGCUCGCUUUUCUUCCCGUGCACGUGGGCGCAUGGGCACCGUGGCCCUGGCCGCCGCGGCGUGGUGUGGCACUUGGUGCUUCGUCUCGGCGCCGGAGAAGGCACCGCAUGCGUCCCUGCGCCCCGAGAUCGCCGCCGCAACGGCGGCGGCGGCCUUGAUGCCCAGUGAGGCCUGGGCAAAGGGUGGUCAGUGGGGGCCACUCGAAGGUAAAGCUUCCAGUUUGAUCCAUCCGAUCAUCAUGCCCUGCAUUUUCUUCGCCACCUUGUACACUGGCUUUUUGGGUUGGCAGUGGCGCCAAACCCGCACCUUGGGCGCGGAUCUCUCGGCUUUGCGGAAAAAGCUGCCCAAGGAUGAAGACCCGGAGAAGGAGUCCAGUGCAACAAAGUCCUUGAAGGAGGAAAUUAGCCGAUUGGACGCGGAGAGGAAAGAAAUGGUGCAAGCAGGCUACAAGGACAAGCACCACACCCUUAGCUCCUUUAUCCUUGGCGGCGGGAUCUUUUUCACGUGCUAUGGAACCUUCAACACUUGGUUUCGCGCCGAGAAGCUCUUCCCCGGGCCCCACUUGUUCGCCGGCGCGGCCAUCGUGGUGCUGUGGGCGAUCUCUGCGGCCUUGGUGCCCUUCAUGGAGAAAGGAAAUGACGGGGCACGCAAUGCUCACAUUGCACUGAACGGUGUCAACGUUCUACUCUUUGCCUGGCAGCUACCAACCGGCUUUGAAAUUGCACAGAAGGUGUGGGGACUUGACAUUGCGUGGUUCUGAGCAUGACUUGCUUUGUGCCACUUCCAUCAUUUAGACUAUGUUCAAUUCAAGCCUUUGAUGGCUCCGUCCUGCAUUUUCUUUGGUCCUGGUGCAUGCUACUUUCAGCAUCACAAUCGGACAAUUUUCGGUGAGGUGGCUUUCCUCCCAGGCAGACUAGGCGAUUGAACCGACAGCUUCUUUAUCAAGAGUCAAGAAAUGUUGAUGCCCUGUGCAACAUGAAACACGAAGCAAGCCACCGCCCUGCGCAUGCUUCGCUGAAGUGUCAAAGCGAAACCCAGGAAAGAUGUCCGAGCGUUCAAAAGUUGUGUGAUGACGGACACCGGACACCGUUCCACUUCCAGCCUCACAAUUCCCGUCAAGUCUUGCCAGUAGGAGGCCAUCGCUACUACAUUCCCUUUGUCAAGUCUUGCAAGGCAAUUAAUUUAUCAUAGUCCUAGUGGUCCUAGUGCAUCAAUGUGUGUAAUUAGCACUUCUUGAGGCAUGUGUCGUCUUCGGCUCGAGCCAACCACUGCAAAUAAUGAAAACUGACACCUAGUUUGGAC